GUUGAGAUUGUGUGAACCAUUUCCAUUGGUCUAUUGGUCAGUGGUCAACUAGGAUUGAGUGUAGAUAGAAGAUGAAGUGGUUCCUCAAUUGCCUGGACAUUGACUGACCACUUUCUAUUGUCAUUUCAGCCCAAGGGAACCUUCUGUCCAUCAUGACCCGGCCCAACCACACAGACAUGGACAACCCUCCCUCCUUCUUCUUGGUGGGGAUCCCAGGACUAGAGACUGCUUACUUCUUGCUGGCCUUUCCCUUUUGCCUGACCUAUCUGCUGGCUCUCGCAGGGAAUGGAAUCAUAUUCCUUAUCAUCCAAAUGGAGAACAGUCUCCAUCAGCCCAUGUAUAUGCUCCUAGCCAUGCUGUCCAUAGUGGACAUGGGCCUGUCCAGCUCCACCAUCCCCAAGAUGCUCACCAUCUUCUGGCUAGGUGCCCAUGACAUUGCCUUCAAUGCUUGCUUGACCCAGAUGUUCUUCAUCCAUGCCUUAGCCGCCCUGGAGUCUGGUCUUCUAGUGGCCAUGGCCUUGGAUCGCUACGUGGCUGUGUGUUGCCCCCUGCGAUACACGGCUAUCCUCACUGGCUUCACCAUUGCUAAACUGGGCUUGGCCAUCACUGCUCGGGCAGUGGUGCUCCUUGUCCCCUUAGUUCUAAUGGUGAUGCGUCUGCACUUUUGCCAAACACGGGUCAUUGUCCACUCAUAUUGUGAGCAUAUGGCCGUGGUCAAGUUGGCCUGUGGGGACACCAAAAUCAACAGUGCCUAUGGCUUGGUGGUGGUUGCCAUAGUCAUUGGGUUUGACAUAAUGUUUGUUUCUUUCUCCUAUUUCCUUAUUCUUGGGACAGUCUUCCGGCUCCCAUCAAAGGAUGCCCGUUGGAAGACCCUCGGGACCUGCAGUUCCCACGUUUGUGUGAUCCUGUUGUUCUAUACCCCAGCUAUCUUCUCCUUCCUCACCCACCGCUUUGGCCACGGAGUGGCUCCUUAUAUCCGUGUCCUGGUAGCCAGCCUCUACCUCUUAAUCCCUCCAGCGCUGAAUCCCAUUGUGUAUGCCUGGAGGACAAAGCCCAUCAGAGAAAAAAUCCUCAGGAUCCUUCAGCUUUGCAAGACAUGAGGGAAGAGUAGCAGAAGCCACUGAUUAUGGAAUGUGACCACUGGAAGGGCCCACAGUUCUCAUAACCCCCGUGAAAAGAGUGAGUUCUUUCCCUGCCUUUUCUUUUCUUCAGAGUGAGUGUCCCUCAUCUCUGGGUAGCACAAUUUGUC